GCGGCUGUCAGCGGUGGAUGAGGGAGAUUAUCCUCCUUCACGGACCCGGAGCGAGCAGCACGCAGCAUGGGGAACACCGACACCAAGCUCCACUUCAGGAAGGCGGUGAUCCAGCUCACCACCAAGACGCAGCCCGUAGAGGCCUCAGACGAUGCCUUCUGGGACCAGUUCUGGGCCGACUCCUCCACCACCGUGCAGGACGUCUUCGCUCUGGUGCCGGCGGCCGAGAUCCGAGCCGUGAGAGAGGAGUCUCCGUCCAACCUGGCAACCCUGUGCUACAAGGCCGUGGAGCGUCUGGUUCAAAGCGCCGACUCCGGCUGCCGGUCGGAGAAGCAGCGUCAGACGGUGCUGAACUGCACGCGCCUGCUCACGCGCAUCCUGCCGUACAUCUUCGAGGACGCCGACUGGAGAGGCUUCUUCUGGUCCACGGUGCCGGGGGCCGGGCGUUUGGACGAAGACGCCCGUGAAGACGACGCUCGGCCGCUGGCUGAAUCUUUGCUGCUGGCCAUCGCCGACCUGCUCUUCUGCCCGGACUUCACGGCCCAGAGCCGCAAGAAGAGCGGCCCGGACUCGGCCGAGGACAUUCGAUCCAUCGACAGCUGCGAGUACAUCUGGGAGGCCGGAGUCGGCUUCGCUCAGUCGCCUCCGCUCAACUACGUCCACGACCUCAACAGGACGGAGCUGCUGAAGUUGCUGCUCACCUGUCUGUCUGAGGCCAUGUACCUGCCCCCGUCCUCUGAGAGGCGGAGCCUCAACCCCUGGGUGUCCUUCUUCUGCUCCACAGAAAACAGGCAUGCGCUGCCUCUGUUCACCUCCCUGCUCAACGUGGUGUGCGCCUACGACCCCGUCGGCUUCGGCGUGCCGUACAACCACCUGAUGUUCUCGGACUACCGGGAGCAGCUGGUGGAGCAGGCGGUCCAGAUCCUCAUCGUGACCCUGGAGCACGAGGGCGGCUCGGCCUUCAGCUCCGCCCUCCUGGCCCUGAGCGCCUCGGCGACCCCCUCCGAGGAGGAGGAGACGGAGCCAGCGGGACCCGAGAACCUCUUUGUGAAUUAUCUCUCCAGGAUCCACCGAGAGGAGGACCUGAGCUUCAUCCUGAAGGGUCUGGCUCGGCUCAUGAACAACCCUCUGGUCCAGACGUACCUGCCUCACUCCGCCAAGAAGAUCCAGUUCCACCAGGAGCUGCUGAUCCUCUUCUGGAAGUUCUGUGACUUCAACAAGAAGUUCCUGUUCUUCGUGCUGAAGAGCAGCGACGUGCUGGACGUGCUGGUUCCCAUCCUCUUCAGCCUGGACGACGCCAGAGCGGAUCAGUCUCGCGUGGGCCUCAUGCACAUCGGCGUGUUCAUCCUCCUGCUGCUGAGCGGAGAGAGGAACUUCGGCGUGCGCCUGAACAAGCCGUACGCGCUCCGCGUCCCGAUGGACAUCCCCGUCUUCACGGGAACCCACGCCGACCUGCUCAUCCUGAUCUUCCAUAAGAUCAUCAGCGCCGGACACCAGCGGCUGCAGCCUCUGUUCGACUGCCUGCUCACGAUCAUCGUGAACGUUUCUCCUUAUCUGAAGAGCCUGUCCAUGUUGGCGGCCAACAAGCUGCUGCACCUCCUGGAGGCCUUCUCCACGCCCUGGUUCCUCUUCUCCUCCCAGCAGAACCACCACCUGGUCUUCUUCCUGCUGGAGGUCUUCAACAACAUCAUCCAGUACCAGUUCGACGGUAACUGCAACCUGGUGUACGCCGUCAUCAGGAAGCGCAACAUCUUCCACCAGCUGGCCAACCUGCCGUCCGACGCGGCGUCCAUCCAGAAGGCGCUCCAGAGGAAGACGAAGUCCACGGUGUCCAGGAGCAACUCCACGGACACGGAGAGCGCAGAGGGCUCCGGAGCUGCAGCUCCCAACGAGCCCGGAACCCUCAAGACCAGCCUGGAGGCCACUCCCAGUAGGUCUUCACCCCUUCGGAGGCGGUUAUCUAAAGAAGGAAUCGAUAAGAUAACGGAGAAGUCCCAGGUGAGCCUGGACGGCACCAUGAUGCCUCUGCAUCACUCGGACGCACCGCGGACGCCAGCCGGCGACACGGCGCCCGAGGUCAACCGCGCAGAGUCGGAGGCAGCGAGGAGCCGGUUGUCGAGCAUGUCCUCGCCAUCGGCGGCGUGGAGCGCCAACACGGACUGGGUGGUGUCAUGGAAGGCCAAGCUCCCUCUGCAGACCAUCAUGCGGCUGCUCCAGGUGCUGGUCCCUCAGGUGGAGAAGAUUUGCAUCGACAAGGGUCUGACAGACGAGUCGGAGAUCCUGAAGUUCCUCCAGCACGGCACGCUCGUGGGCCUGCUGCCCGUCCCCCAUCCCAUCCUCAUCCGCAAGUACCAGGCCAACGCCGGCACGGCCAUGUGGUUCCGCACCUACAUGUGGGGCGUCAUCUACUUACGCAACGUGGAUCCUCCGAUCUGGUACGACACGGACAUCCGGCUCUUCGAGAUCCAGAGGAUUUAGAGCGACUCUUUUUUUCUUUUCUUUUUUGUUUACCUUCUUCACGCCCCGAGGAACAUUCCGUUGUUUUCUGGUGUUUCUGAUCUCCAACUUGAUCCGUUUUCAGGGUUCAAAGUCUGAAUGUGUCAAAGCGCUUACUGCUGUGUAUCACACCUGUAAUAUGAGCCACGUGGUCAUUAAAUCUGAGUCGUCA